GACCCGUUGGAAUCUAAGCCACCUAAGAACCUCAAGGAUACCGCUGAACGACUUGCCAAGACGGGUGCCACUCCUUCCGCCCCUGAGUCAGCAUGCAAGCGCUACGCCAACAAAGUUGGAUAUGCUACUAAUGAGGCUACCAUAGUUUUUCAGGCAGUGCGGAAACUGCUGAAGGAGUACGUUACUGACGACGGCGCCGAUGACGGUUACCAAAAGGUCUUCAACCAAGCAUUCGCAGGCUUUCCAAAAGACCUUGGCUUUAACAAUGGCCUAUCUGCUCCCCAACCUGACUUUAUCGAGGGCCUUCGGAUGGAAAAGUACCGUCCGUUUCCAGUUGACGAGCAUGUCAGCGGGGCUGUCCUCUACAAAGAUGACCAUCAUUCCCUAACGUUGCCGCACAUGGCUGGGGAGUGGAAGGGACGUGGGGAAGAUAUGGAAGAAACAAGGCUGCAGAGGGCCUAUUACGGAUGCGCCCUUGUUUAUACAAGGAACCAGGCCCUGUCUUAUAUCAGGGAACCUGACCGAGCCAACCAUGCAGAGAUCAUGACUUUCACCACAGAUGGCACCAAUAUCAAUUUCUUUGCGCAUUAUGCUAUCCCAUCAGAAGAAGAGGAGGGAAAGAUGGAAUAUCACCAGUACCCAAUCGCAUCCAUGAAUCUGACCAACUCAUACGAAGAGUUCAAAAAGGGUCGAAAGCAAAUUCGGAACCUCCAAGACCAUGGGAGGGGCAGUCGUAUGCUUUGAGGGACCAGCUUAAAGAUCACUAGAAGGCAAAGUGGGGCGCAGCGCCGUCUGUUCAACGGGCGGGCGACAACCAUGAUAUCGA